GUGACGGUCGGUUUGGCUUGUUCCGGGAUUGUUGUCCCCAUCUUACUUCCCAGAGCGCUGGGUCCAGAGGAGGCGCGAGAGGAGCCACUGUCCCCAGCGCGCAGAGGCGGGCCUGAGACCCCGGUGCCCGAGCCCCCGCUCCGCCCCCCGCCGCGAUGGCGGCGCCCCCGGCCGUGGGCAGCGUGGCCUUUGAGGACGUGGCCGUGUACUUCUCCUGGGAGGAGUGGGGGCUCCUUGAUGAGGCUCAGAGACGCCUGUACCGCGAUGUGAUGCUGGAGAACUUGGCCCUUGUGUGCUCGCUGGGUUGCUGGCAUGGAGCAGGGGAUGAGGAGGCAUCUGCUGAACAGGAAGUUUUUGUAGGAGUGUCGCAGGCUUCUCCCAGGGCAGUCCCGUCUCCACAGCAGGCCCACCACCUGGAGACGUGUGGCCCCCAUAUGAAAGACAUUUUGCACUUGGCUGAGCACCAGGGUAAACAUCAUGGGCAGAAACCGUACAUGUGUAGGACAUGUGGCAAACGAUUCUAUUUCAGUGCUAACCUUCACCUCCACCAGAAGCAGCACAAUGCAGAGAGAUUCUUCAAAAGUGGUAUGGGCAGGGCCUUGUUUUUGAAGAUCUGCAAAUUGCAUAUGUCAGGGAAGCCAUUUACCUAUGGAGAAGUUGGGAAGGAUUUGCUGGUCAGCUUGGGUCUUCUCCAGCAACAGGCCACUCACACUGGGGAGAAGCCAGUCAGUUACAGUGAGUGUCGUGCAGCUGUUCACAGUGGGAAAGGUUAUGACUUGGAAGAGUGCAGAGAAGACUUCAGCCACAAACGCAUGCCUGUUCACAACCAGAGAGUCCUGAACAGAGGAGGGCUUUAUGAGUGCAGUGAAUGUGGGAAGGCUUUCCGGUACAGAGGUUCACUUGCUCAGCACCAGAAGCUCCACACAGGAGAAAGGCCUCACGAGUGCAGCAGAUGUGGAAAAGCCUGCACACGGAGGUCUAAUCUCAUUCAGCACCAGAAAGUCCACAAUGGAGAAGGCUGUUAUGAAUGCAAUGAAUGUGGGAAAUUCUUUACCCACAGCUCUAUGUUCAUCCAACACCAGAGAGUUCAUACUGGAGAAAGACCUUAUAAGUGUGGCAAAUGUGGGAAAUCCUUUAGCCAGAGCUCUGGCCUCAUUCAUCACCGGAGAGUUCACAAUGGAAUAAGGCCUCAUGGGUGUAGUGAGUGUGGGAAAUCCUUUAGACUCAAAUCCAACCUCAUUCAACACCUGAGAGUUCACACUGGAGAAAGGCCUUAUGAGUGUACUGAAUGUGGGAAAUCCUUCAGCCAAAGCUCUGGCCUCAUUCAACACCGGAGAGUUCACACAGGAGAAAGGCCUUUUGAGUGCAGUGAAUGUGGGAAAUCUUUUAGCUGCAAAUCUGACCUCAUUCAACACCAGAGAAUUCACACUGGAGAAAGACCUUAUGAGUGUGGCGAAUGUGGGAAAUCUUUCAGCCGAAGCUCUGGCCUUAUUCAACACCGGAAACUUCACACUAAUGAAAUGCCUUAUGUAUGUACUCAGUGUGGAAAUACCUUUAGCCAAAUCUCCAGACUCAUUAAACACCAGAGAGUUCACACUGGAGAAAGGCCUUUUGAGUGCAGUGAAUGUGGUAAAUCCUUUAGUGAAAGAUCUGUACUUAUUCAACACCAGAGAGUUCACACUGGAGAAAGGCCUUAUGAGUGUGGUGUUUGUGGGAAAUCCUUUAGCCAAAACUCUAGCCUCAUUUAUCACCGGAUAAUUCACACUGGAGAAAGGCCUUAUGGAUGCAGUGAAUGUGGGAAAUCCUUUAGACUCAAAUCCAACCUCAUCCAGCACCGGAGAGUUCACACCGGAGAAAGGCCUUAUAACUGCGAUGAAUGUGGGAAAUCCUUCAGCCAAAGCUCUGGCCUCAUUCAGCACCGGAGAGUUCACACUGGAGAAAGGCCUUACGAGUGCAGUGUAUGUGGGAAAUCUUUUAGCCGCAAAUUCGACCUCAUUAAACACCGGCGAGUUCCUGGAACAGGACCUUAUGAUGGAGGCAAAUGUAGGAAAUUCUUUAGCUAGAAGUACAGCCUUAUAAAUUCUGCUAAGUCGCUUGUCCAGUGGGACUUUGCCAACUAUGGUAUUCUCAGGGUCAUCAAGACUCCUGAGGUAGCAAACUGGGCCUUGCUUGGCCUUGGAGAUAUCUUUGCCCUGCUGCUUGCCAACCGCUACCUGUGCAUCGUGGACUUGCAGACACAGGACCUGACCACAGCCCUCCCUGGUGUGGGAGGAGCACGGCUGACGCAGGAGCCACCACGGCUGGCUGACGUUGGGUGCCGGGCUGUGGGUUUUGAGUGCAACCUCCAUGGCAGCCGACUGCAGGAACCAAAGUUCUCGCCUAGCGGUGUCAUCACGCAGUGCACGGCAUUUAUCCAACCCUGGACAACCCGCAGGGAGCCCCUGCCGCGGGCACCGACGCAGACAGUGCAGGCCCGGGAGCGCGGCGAGAUGGGCUGUGCCCAUCAGCAGGACGGAGCCCUUAGGCAGGGGCGAUGGGGGUCCUCCGUGAGCCCCAGGCCGGGCGGAGACUCCAGGCAGGGCUCCUCGCUGCUCACCAAGUUACUGGAGGAGUCCCGCCCCCCACCUACCGCAGUCUCCCCUUGUCCCGCUGCAAAGCGAUCCCUCUCCCCGCCUGCCUUUGAGCCUCUGCCGGACGCAGGCGGCGGGGCUGGCUGCCUCGCGGUCACAGGCCCUGGGUCAGCAGCCUCUGCGGGGUCUCACUUGGGGGUCCCGGGCUGUAUCCGCCGGGCGCGGCCCCUCUGCGGAGGCGCACUGGGUGCUUCCCCCGGCGCUCCCGCAGCGCAGCACCCGCGCGCCGGCUCCUCGCGUCCUGGUCUGGAGGCCGAGCCCGAGCGCGCCCCUCCGCGCGGGAGGCUGAGCCCGGACCUCGCCUCCGGGACUGACGCCGCCUUCCGACCCGGGAGGGCGCCCCGACGCGCCCCCAGCCGGGUCACCCGACGGAUCCGGAGACCUGGUGACCUCGGCUGGGGAGGUCGCAGGGCCCGCGGGGACCGCACGGGAAGAGCCCCGGGGCCUCCGGGGAGUCUUCCGGGGGCCUGGACCGAGGGGCGCGCCGUGGCCCCCAGCACGGCUCCCCGGUUAGCCAUGGGGGAGCAGGGCCCCUUCUCGUCGGGGCUGGAGAAGACCCUCCCAGCGCCCCUCCAGGCGCCGCCGGAACUUCGUUCCUGGAGUCUGGGUUGCUGCGAAGCCUUCGCUGUAGCCCGAGGACGCGUGGGAACUACAACUCCCAGAAUGCCCCUCAUCGAGCGCGGCGGCGCCGACCGGAGAGCAGCAUCGCCCGACCAGCCCGCGCGGCGGGGCGGGACUUCCGGUGCGCUCUGCUCGCCCCUCGCUGUGGCGCCGUCGGGGCUCGUCGCUGCGUCGCAGCCUGAGAGCGCCGGGUCCGGGCCGAGGUACCGGGGCCCCGGAGGCGCGAGCGGAGCCGCGGUGCGCACCGCAGGAGCUGCGAUGGCGGCGCCCCCGGCCCAGGGCAGCGUGGCCUUUGAGGACGUGGCCGUGUACUUCUCCUGUGAGGAGUGGGGGCUCCUUGAUGAGGCUCAGAGACGCCUGUACUGCAGUGUGAUGCUGGAGAACUUGGCCCUUGUGUGCUCGCUGGGUUGUUGGCAUGGAGCGGAGGAUAAGGAGACGCUGUCUGCAGAGAAUGUUUCUGUAGAAGGUUUGUCACUCUUCAGGACUCACAAGGCAGUUCCAUCUCUGCAGAAGGCCUACCCCUGUGAGAUGUGUGAUCCGGUCUUGAGAGGCAUUUUGCGUUUGGCUCAGCAGCAGGGAAAACAUUGCCAGCAGGAACAGGACACAUGUGGGGAAUGUGGCAGAUACUUCUGUUUCAGUGCUAACCUUCACCACCACCAGAAGCAGCACAAUGGAGAGAACACCUUCAUAAGUGAUCUAGACAGAGCCUCAUUUGUGAAGAGCUACAAAUUCCAUGUGUCAGGGAAGCCAUUUACCUGUGGAGAGGUUGGGAAGGACUUUCUGGUCAGCAUGGGUCUUCUCCAGCAGCAGGCCGCUCACACUGGGGAGAAGCUAGUCAACUGCACUGACUGUGCAACAGACUGUCAAAGUGGGAAAAGUUACCAUAACUGGAGAGGAUGCAAAAAUACCUUCAGCCACAAACACACACUUGUUUACCACCAGAGAGUCUUCACUAGAGAAGGACUUUAUCAGUGCACAGAAUGUGGAAAAGCUGUCACCUGUGAACCCUCACUUGUUCAGCACAAGAGAGUUCAUGUGGGAGAAAGGCCUUAUGAGUGCAGCAAAUGUGGGAAAGCCUAUACACGAAGGUCUAACUUCAUUCAGCACCAGCAAGUCCACACCGAAGAAAGGUAUUUCGAAUGCAAAGAGUGUGGAAAAUUCUUUUCCCACAACUCCAGAUUCAUUCAACACCAGAGAGUUCACACUGGAGAAAGGCCUUAUGAGUGUACUGAAUGUGGAAAAUCCUUCAGCCAAAGCUCUGGCCUCAUUCUACACGGGAGAGUUCACACAGGAGAAAGUCCUUAUGAGUGCAGUGAGUGUGGGAAAUCCUUUAGCCGCAAAGCCAACCUCAUUCAACACUGGAGAGUUCACUCUGGAGAAAGGCCUUAUGAGUGUGUCGAAUGUGGGAAAACCUUUAGCCAGAGCUCUGGCCUCAAUCAACACCGGAAAAUUCACACUGGAGAGAGGCCUUAUGAGUGCAAUGAAUGUGGGAAAACCUUUAGUCGCAAAUCUGACCUUAUUCAGCACCAAAGAGUUCACAGUGGAGAAAGGCCUUAUGAUUGUGGUGAAUGUGGGGAAUCCUUUCGCCAAAUGUAUAGCCUCAUAAAUCAUCAGAGAGUUCACACUGGAGUAAAGCCUUAUGAGUGUGGUGAAUGUGGGAAAUCCUUUAGCCAAAGCUCUGGCCUCAUUCAACACAGGAGAGUUCACACAGGAGAAAGUCCUUAUGAGUGCAGUGAAUGUGGGAAAUCCUUUAGCCGCAAAGCCAACGUUAUUCGACACCAGAGAGUUCACACUGGAGAAAUGACUUAGAUGUUCAGGGAACAUGCUAUUUCCUUGUUCAGUACAAUGAUGUUGGAGGAAAGCCUUUGUGAGUAACUUUCUCCCUAAUAUGAACCUUGUCUACCUUAAUAUCCAGGUAAGUGGGAAGCUUUAAGGCGCUGUAUUGGAUUAACUUGCCCAGGGCCCUUGCCAGAUUUAUAUCACUGUCAGUUUCUGUGGUAGAAGCCGUUUUACCUCUGCCAUCUAGUAGGUCCACACAGUAGACCCCAAACUGCUCUAGAAGGCAGACCUUGUGCUCUCCUAUUCACUGGUGGAAAUCAUGAGUAAUCUGAGCCUUAUCAGGUCCUCAUUCCCUUCUCUCUGACUCAUUAGGGCAUGGACCUGACCCAGUUUUAUCCUAGAGGAUCCAAUGUGAGUUUUGCUCUCAGCUUGCAGAGAAAGGUGAUCUUUUUCAAGGACAUUGUUGAUUCUACAUGAUGCUUGUGAUGGAAUUUUCCAACCUCCAUGUCUCUACCCCAGGAACUGCCUACCUCACAUUGCUCUGGUUUGUGCAAUAAUAAAGGCCUUGUGGUUUAAGCCAGCUUUAAUCUUGGGGAUUCUGUUCUCUGGGUGGGGUGGUUUGAAAACAGAAUUGGCUCUUACAGCAUGAAGGGGUAUAGAACUUUUUCAGGAAUCCCAAACUUCAUGUGCUACAGAGUAGAUAGUUUAAUAUCAGAAAAAUGCCUCUCUUUCCAAAUUUGGCUUAAUUUCCAUUGCUGCCCAAGGAUUCGUAAGAAAACCCAUGGGGCUUUGUGGUCCUAAUUUGUAGGCUUGAUACCAGGAUUUUUGAGGGGCUCAGAGGAGGGGACAGCUGUUGUGAAACAUCCAGUGCAUGUUGGGGCCACAUGAAUUUUAUUUCCUGGUUUAUAAAGGAUAUAAAAUACCCAGCACUGUUGAGGGAAACCUUUUCCCCGUGUCCUGCAAAGGAGCCACGUGGUCUGAAGUACAGAAUUCAGUAGGCUAAUGGCACUGGUUAUAAGGUUACAGGGGCCAAGGGUGACCAUAAUUGGUACAGAAACAGAUGAUAGUAGGGAGUGGAGGAGACUGCAGCAGACUGGAUGGAAUCUGUCUCUUCUAAAAGUGUGUUCACAAAUGCUCCAGGACUGUGUCAGUGCAGGAUUAGUGUGUACCCUGCUCCCCCAGAUCAGAGGGUCUUAAAAGAUUAUCUAAAGAUUUUAUAGAUGGUUGUCGUUUCUUUGGGCUUUUCACCUCUAGUCUGUUGUUGCCCAGGCAGGAAAAGAAGGAUAGAGAGGAGGGGGACCCUGCAUUCCAGAGAUGUGGCUUUGGGGACCCAGCCAGCAGUGGGAGCAGUCUCCAGUGCUCACCAAAAUUUGCUGUCACUGGGGUAAGGCUGCUCCUCAGGGCAUGAAGAGAGAUGGUGGUGUCAGUAUAGGGUUGCUAAACCUGAUUUUCCAAAAAAAGUAGAUCUAAAUUUUAAUUUUGAACCCUCUUAAAGCUUUAUUUAGGUAUAAUUGGCAUGCUGUAAAUUGUUCUAUUUAAAGUAUACAAUUUGAUACAUUUUGUCAUACAUAUAAACCUGUGAAACCAUCAUCAUAGUCCUGGAAAAAACAUACUGUUCACUUAAUUUACCUUGUGCCUUUUUAUAAUUUCUGUCUUUGCUGGUUUGAAUGUAUUAUGUCCCCCAGAAAAAGCCAUAUUCUUUGAUGCAAUCUUGUGGGGCAGACAUAUUAGUGGGGAUUAAGUUGGAACAUUUG